AUGGCCUCCUCAAAUUCGAUAGUAGAAGACAGAGAAAGUCAAUUGGUUGGUCUUCGAACCAACGACAAGAUUCCAUCAAGCAAGAGGUCAUCCAGUCCGAUCAAAGGCAGCUCGAGGCAUACAUCUGAGUUUCGAAGCUUGCAAUUGUUCAUGGAUCGCAAACAGGCGCCCGCUUUUCCAAAGGAUGCCCUCAAAUUUGACAGGGGUGACUACCAAGAUGCUUUUAUCUUCUCGGAGAUACCUUCUCCUGGUCCAACAAUGACAUCAGAACCCACAAAGCAACCCUCUAAAACACCAUCAGCUGUGCCCUCAAUAUCGCCGACACAUAACCCAACUCCAUCGCCUUCCGAAGAACCCACCUUCGAACCAACUAGACAACCAUCAGCCGAGCCCAGUUUAUAUCCCACAACAACCUAUCGUCCAACUGUCAAUGAUACCUUCAUUCCAGGUCAACUUGUCGUUGGGGCUUACUACUAUCCUUGGCAUGCCGAUGACUUUCAUAGAGGAGACGGCUACCUGAGAGAACACUUGACUCCUUCUCAGCUUCCAGACCUUGGCGAGUACGACGAUAGGGAAGACCAUGUCCUCCAUAUGCAUUUGCGAUGGAGUCGACAGGCAAACAUCAAUCUUUGGAUAACCAGUUGGUGGAGACCCGAUGGCCGUACCGACAACACCCUCAGAACUCACGUCCUGCAGCACGACAAGUUGCAAAACCAUCAGAUUGCUAUAUUUUAUGAGACUCAGGCAAGGAUCAGAAAAAGCGAGAACUAUACCUUACAAAGGGUAGCAACUGACAUGCAGCACCUCUGUGAACACUACCUUGAUCACCCCAACUACUACACAUUAGAGGAUUCUGUGAGUGGCGCCCGUCCUGUCCUUUUUGUUUACUUGACCCGUUCCUUGGCAAAACAAGGGGUCUUUGAAGAGGCCAUUGACCUCAUGCGACAAAGCAUCCGUGAUGCCUGUGGCAAAGAAGUAUACUUGAUUGGAGAUCAAGUCUUUGGUAAGGCUUCCAACAAGGAGUUUGACACCAAUCCCCUUCACUAUGUUCCCCUUCAAAAGUUGGAUGCCGUGACGAAUUAUGAUGUGUACGGGAGUAUGGGUCAAGUCAAUGGAGGAAGGGGUGGUAUUUUGAGCAAAACUCAAGUCCGAAACUAUUAUGAAGUCGAGCAAGCGAUGUGGAAAGAACAAGCAGAAAAGCAUAACUGCCAAUACGUUCCAUCCGUGAGCGCAGGGUACAAUGAUUUGGGAGUUCGGCCGGAAAACAAGAACCGCCCACUUUCUCGCACGCUUGUUGGCAUGGGGCAGGGGUCGCUCUUGGAGGAAUCAUUGAAGCGUGCGAUACCGCUAGCAGAUGUCAGUAAUUUGGCGAGUCGUACCGUUGAAACCCACCGUCUCUUGGUGGUGAAUUCAUUCAACGAAUGGCAUGAGGAUACUCAAAUCGAACCCACCAAAGGCGUUGCAACAUCUUUACCCAUUAACUAUACAUACGGACUUCUAUAUGAAGGGUACGGAGACAGAUACCUUGAGAUUCUUCGAAAAGGUACUGAAGCAGAGAUUGAUGGUCUCUUGGACUGA